AUGCCUGGCGCACACUCCACAUAUUACGACCGUCGUCUGCGGCAAGGCCAGGCUCUCAUCCGGGCCAGACGACCAUAUCUGUUCCGAAACACCGUCACCGGCCUCGGUUUGAUGGCCGUUGUCGGAGGUAUCUACUAUUAUACCCUCAACGCCGUCGGCCAGGACAACUUUGAUGAUGUCCGGGUGCCGGAUGCGCCGCGGCAACCGGCAAAUGCCAAAUGA